AGCAAUUACUCACUACAAAAAUUCUCUUUCAAAUAGAGAGAGAGCAAAGUACAAGAGGGUCCGGGAGCUCUAGAUUCCGUCUCUAGGGUUUUAGAGCCCUGCUUCCGUUCUCGUGCCGAUUCUCACAACCCUAGAAUCUAUUUGUUUCAAGGUUUCACUGGAUAGCGACAAUGUCUAGGGUUUAUGUUGGGAAUUUGGAUCCCCGAGUGACUGAGAGGGAUCUUGAAGAUGAGUUUCGUAUGUUCGGUGUUCUUCGAAGUGUCUGGGUUGCUCGAAGACCACCAGGAUAUGCAUUUCUUGAGUUUGAUGAUCGCAGGGAUGCUCUUGAUGCGAUUCAAUCAUUGGAUGGGAAAAAUGGUUGGCGUGUAGAGCUUUCUCACAAUUCUAAGGGUGGUGGAGGUCGUGGUGGCGGUGGUGAUGGACGGGGUCGUGGUGGUGGGGAGGAUUUGAAGUGUUAUGAGUGUGGUGAACCUGGUCAUUUUGCUCGAGAAUGUCGCUUGCGCAUUGGCUCACGAGGUUUGGGAAGUGGACGGCGUCGGAGCCCUAGCCCUCUUCGACGCCGGAGUAGUCCAAGCUAUGGGUAUGGACGCAGUCCCCGUGGGAGAAGAUCUCCACGACGCCGGAGUGUAACACCUCCUCAACGUGGUCGCAGCUACAGCAGGUCCCCUCCAUAUCGCCGUGCCCGCCAUGAUUCACCUUAUGCUAAUGGUGACUAAGGGCAGGUGGUAUGUGAACUGAAGCCAAGGUUGAAAUGAGAUUAAAGUGCCAUCUCUGCUUUGCUGUAGUUCUAAUAGAUUUGCUUGAACGAACAAGAAUCAUGUUAGUUAUAUUCAUGUGAUGACAAUGGAUAUUGUUAGACACUUGGGUAUAGAUAGCAUCUACAAAGUGUUUUAGCCACCAAAAGGGGUGAUUUGGACACCGUUUUGCGUCGGCUCUCUCUUCAGCUGACUGAAACUUGGAGGUCUCUUUCCUACUUUAAAUUGCUACUUUUACCUUUUAUAUAUUUUUAUCUCAAACUUUGGUUACUUAGAUCUAUUGUGUUAGAGAUUCCUAAAAGGUUUACAUGUUUUGUUUUGAGGUGUAUUUUUCGGCUUAUACGGCAUCGUUUCGCUACAUACUGCAUGUUUGUGCACAUGGUUCCCAUCUCUGCCUCUGCACCAGUCAUCUAGUCGUCAUUGCUCCUGCAUCUUGGUUGUGUGCGCUACCUUUUUAGUGUACUCUCUGCAACAAAGCUGUUAACCUAGUUAACCUUUUUGUUAGCUGGUUCAUGAAGAUGAAGCUGUUAAUUGCUCUCCCUCUCUCAGCUUCUCUGCACCACAUAUGACAUAUCUACUCGUCUGCAUCUUGUUCAGCAUCUGUUAUGUAAUGAAAACUUAUUCAGAAACUUGGUUGCCUACGACCCUUUUUGAUGAUCUUGUCUGCAACAAAGCUUCUGCACUAGUUAACACCUUUGCGUCUCUAAUGGCUGGUUGAAGAA